AUGUUGAUACAAGAACAACGUUCAAUAAUUCAUUCUGCUGCUGAAUUUCUUGCUGCCAGAGUCAAGGCACAUUUUCUCGACGAUUUUAGACCAAGAGUACUCAUCAUCUGCGGUUCAGGUCUUGGUGGAAUUUCUAAUAAAAUUUCUUCUGAUGAUCCUAAACCCUUGGAAAUUGGAUACGAUGAUAUUCCGGGAUUCAAAAAGAGUACGGUUGCAGGUCAUCAAGGUGCAUUGAUAUUUGGUAAAAUGAAUGGUGUGCCCGUUGUUCUAAUGAAUGGUAGACUGCAUGGAUAUGAAGGCCAUUACCUCUUCGAAAUCACUCUGCCCAUAAGGGUUCUUCACCACAUGGGGGAUGUUAAACAAUUAAUUGUUACCAAUGCGGCUGGUGGUAUAAAUCCAAAGUUUGAACCUUGUGAUUUAAUGUGCAUUUAUGACCAUAUCAAUUUACCUGGAUUUGCUGGUUUACAUCCUUUGAAAGGUUCAAAUUUUGAUGAAACUGGCCCAAGAUUCUUACCACUAAGUGAUGCUUAUGAUUUAGGUUUAAGAAAAUUGUUGUUUAAAAAGAAACAAGAGUUAGGGAUUGAUAGACCACUUCAUGAAGGUACCUACAUGUACGUUUCUGGACCAACUUUUGAAACUAGAGCGGAAAGCAGACUUAUACGCCAAUUGGGCGGUGAUGCAGUGGGUAUGAGUACAGUUCCAGAAAUUAUUAUCGCAAGACAUUGCGGCUGGAGAGUAUUAGCACUAUCCCUAAUCACUAAUAAAUGUGUAAUUGAUCCACCACCAAGUGCGUUAGAAACCGAGCAACCCCCCAUGGAUCAAGGUAUAGCGUCUCAUGCUGAAGUCUUAGAAAAUGGUAAAAAGGCUUCAUUAGACGUUGAACUACUUGUUGCUGCGGUGGUAUCAGAAUUAUAA